AUGUCAACCUCCCCAGAUUUCAACAUUUCCUCGCAAACUGCCAAGGACUAUGAAUCAAAAUAUUCAGCACACAACUACCAUCCAUUGCCAGUAGUCUUUCACAAGGCUUCUGGUGCACACGUGUGGGACCCAGAAGGUAAAGAGUACCUCGAUUUUCUUUCCGCUUAUUCGGCAGUCAACCAAGGCCAUUGCCACCCAAAAAUUAUCCAAGCCUUAAUUGACCAAGCCCAAACAUUGACCUUGUCUUCGCGUGCUUUUUCGAGUGAUGUGUUUGGUACUUAUGCCAAGUACAUUACUGAAUUUUUCAACUACGAAAUGGUAUUGCCAAUGAACACGGGUGCAGAAGCCGUUGAGACUGCAUUGAAAUUGGCAAGAAGAUGGGGUUAUGUUAAAAAGGGAAUCCCCACAGAUGAAGCUAUUAUAUUGGCGGCACAAAACAACUUCCAUGGUAGAACAUUGGGUGUUAUCUCAAUGUCGACAGAUGAAGAUGCUACAACCAACUUUGGUCCAUUUUUGAAAAAUGUUGGACCCAAAAUCCCAGGUGCUAAGGAUUCGGAAAACGGCGUUAUUCGUUAUGGUGUGAUUGAGGAUAUUGAAAAGUCAUUGCAGAAUGCUGGUGACAAAGUUGCUGCAAUCUUGUUGGAGCCAAUUCAAGGUGAAGCUGGUAUUGUGGUUCCACCAAGCGACUAUUUGCCUAAGGUUCAACAAUUGUGUAAAAAGUACAAUUGUCUUCUCAUUUGUGAUGAGAUUCAGACUGGGUUGGCAAGAACCGGUAAAAUGUUGUGCUACCAACACUCUUUGUCUGAAGAUGUCAAACCAGAUAUUGUACUCUUGGGUAAGGCUAUCUCUGGAGGUGUGAUCCCUGUGUCUGCUGUCUUAUCGUCAAAAGAAAUCAUGUCCACUUUAGAACCAGGCUCACAUGGAUCUACAUAUGGUGGUAACCCAUUGGCAUCAAGGGUCGCUAUUGCUGCAUUACAAGUUUUGAAAGACGAAAACUUGGUGGAAAGAUCACAAAAAUUGGGUGAUUUGCUUAAUUCGAAAUUAGAAGAAUUGAAGUCUCAAAGUGAUGGAAUAAUUAGCGAAGUUAGAGGUAAAGGUUUGCUCGCAGCCAUAGUCAUUGAUGAUAAAAAGACAAAUGGCAGAACAGCAUGGGACCUCUGUUUGUUGAUGAAAGACCAUGGUGUUUUGGCCAAACCAACUCAUGAUAACAUUAUUAGAUUAGCACCACCUUUAGUCAUCAGCGAAGAGGACUUGUUGAAAGGAGUGGAGGCAAUAAGAGAAUCAUUAAAGCAAUUACCAACAGCUGAAAAAGCUGACCAUUAA